AUGCCUUGCUGCUGCCCAGAAUUCAGCAAUGGCAAAGAUCCUUGGGAGGCUGCUGGGACCAGUUGGUCUAAACCUGAGAACCACCACCUUACAGACUCAUUACUCACUCUCAUUAAGGAGAGUAACACCUAUCACAAGGCAUUCAGAUUUGUGCUGCUUGGUAGUGGCAAGGUUGCUUCAACUGGAGACUGGCCUGCAAAUCUUUACUGGCAAUUGGCUACAGCCCUUUUUCUCAAUCGCAAGGACUCGCCAUGGAAGAAUGUAGACCUCAGUGACCUUGCAGAAACUGUCAAGAACUGCAUAAUGAAUGGGCUAUGCAAGGCAUUCAUAAAGCACCAUGAUUCAAUGUCACAGACUGACCAAGUCAAGAAAAGGUUUCCAUGGUAUAAACAGAUGAAUGCCUUGUAUUGCGAGAGUCCUGCUGUGGACUGCUCCACUGUGUCUAACAGUGCAUCUCAGCUUGAUCUAACCAUCCUCAACUGCUCUCAGACUAUAGAUGAUGAUGAUGAGAUACCAAUCAAGUGGGCUUGCUCACCAACUCCUGAGUAUACCAAGGAUGACGACAAAUCAAGCACCAUCUUCUGUCCAUCAUGCAAGUGGCCAGGAGCAAAAGUUGAUGCACAGCCAUAUCGAGGACCUUACCACCUCCCUCAGCGAGUCAAGGGUGAAAGUUGCUUGAGUGCAGGAGCAAGAGCAUACUCUGCAGAUCCAGGCAAAGGAAGAUCAAAAAAAGGCUGA